CCGGAAGUCCGCGCAGUGAUUCUUCGGAAGGGGCGCGCGUCCCCUCGGGGGUGGAGAGACUCAGCUCCGCCUACUCAGCCGUGAACCUGGGACCUGCCCUUCCCUAGGGAUCCCGCGGACCCCAGAGAACCCACGCCUGAGCCCGGUGCGACUCGUGGCCCUGGGCGAGGAGCCAUGGACGCCUUCAUCCGCUUCACCAACCAGACCCAGGGCCGGGACCGACUCUUCAGAGCCACUCAGUACACAUGCAUGUUGCUUAGAUAUUUGUUAGAGCCUAAAGCUGGCAAAGAGAAGGUGGUAAUGAAGCUCAAGAAACUGGAGUCCAGUGUGAGCACUGGCCGUAAAUGGUUCAGACUAGGCAAUGUGGUACAUGCUGUGCAGGCAACCGAGCAGAGCAUUCAUGCCACUGACCUGGUACCUCGCUUAUGCUUAACACUAGCCAACCUGAACCGUGUGAUUUAUUUCAUCUGUGACACCAUCCUCUGGGUGAGGAGCGUAGGUCUCACCUCUGGCAUCAACAAAGAGAGAUGGCGAACAAGGGCUGCCCGCCACUACUGCUGUUCUCUUCUGCUGAGCCUGGUCAGGGAUCUGUAUGAAAUUUCCCUGCAGAUGGAACAAGUUAUACACGACAAGGCAAAGAAAGAGAAAUCAGCAUCCCAGGAUCCUCGUGGGUACAGCGUGGCUGAUGAAGAAACAGAAUGGCUCCAGUCCUUUCUACUUCUCUUGUUCCGAUCUCUGAAGCGUCAUCCUCCCUUGCUCCUGGACACAGUGAAGAACCUCUGUGAUAUCCUGAACCCUUUGGACCAGCUGGGGAUCUGUAAGUCCAAUCCUGGCAUCAUUGGACUGGUAGGUCUUGUGUCCUCUAUAGCAGGCAUGAUCACUGUGGCGUAUCCUCAGAUGAAGCUGAAGACCCGUUAGGGUGUUUGCAGGCUUGGAACUAGUACCUACUUUAAAAGAUGGCCUCUUAGUGGGAUAGACAUUUGUGUAACUCACAGGCCAUGUCACACUGCUUACGUUCUUGUUCAUGUGAGCAUUUAGCAACCUGUGAUGUGUGCAGAGGUGAGGCCAAGAACAGAGAAGGGAGGAGCAUGAAGAGUGGAAUGUUUUUGGAGUGCUGGAGUGACUUGUGAAUUUCUGAAUAUUUUCCCUUCAUCUAACAUUGAUUGAACAUCUCUUAUGCGCAUAGUAGGAGUUUAGUAUUUGCUGAAUGAAUAAAAAUUGAAAAGAAAAAAUUUAAAAAGACCCAAUCACACUGAUCAUUGAGGACUAAUAUACAGUAACUUUAGGGUUAUGUGGCUCAUUGUUGUCACAGGAUUACAGCAGUCUGGUGCACAGUGCUCUCAGAUCUAGUGGAGGCUCUGGUGUCAGCAGCAGGAUGGAGGAGAGCUGUGCUUACAGCCUCCCAACUUGUUGGCCCUCACCAUCACUGCACCCAUGUCCCUGCUCAGUCCAGAAGGCGAAUCAGAAAGGCAUCAGGCACCUUCAUGGAAUAAAUUGUGUCUGUGGGUGCAGUGAAUAAGCAAAAAUCAGGAGCAGACAGGAGGGACUCAUAGAAAUAGGUAGAGGUUCACAAUGGGUGCCUAUAUGUAGCCUGUGACAGAUAAGAGGCUGACACUGAAACAAGCAAAAGACAACUGAGGCUAGAGCCUCGUUCCUCUGACAAUGGACUCCUAAUCCAGCAAAAAACAACUGAGGCCACAGCCUUGUUCCUCUGACUCCGAAUCCAGUGUUCUUUCCAUGCCAUCCCACUUUCUUAUUGAGUAGAACUGUGAUCCCCUCCUGAAUCCUGUUUUUUUGCCUCUUACCCUCUCACAAUUUAGAAACUUCCUUGUCCAGUGGUUUAUAUUCUUUUGUAGAAAAAAUAAUGUUGGAGUGUGGUGGCUCACGUCUGUAAUCCCAACACUUUGGGAGGCUGAAGCAGGAGGAUUGCUUGAGGCCAGGAGUUCAAGACCAGCCUGAGCAAUACAGUGAGACCCCGUCUCCACAGCAGAGUGUUAAGAAAUUAGCCAGGCACGGUGGUGGAUGCCUGUAGUCCCAGUUAUUCCGGAGGCUGAAGCAGGAGGAUUGCCUGAGCCCAGGAGUUAAAGGCUGCAGUGAGCUUCCACUGCACUCCAGCCUGGGUGACAGAGCCAGAUGCUGUGUCUUAAAAAAAAAUUAAAACAGUACUUAGACUAUCAGCUAGAUUGUUUUAUUUAAAGCCUAAUAACAACUUAGGCAAUUCUACAUUAAUUUCCAUCAAAGUUUAUCCAGUCAGAAAAAUGUCAUGAAUACUGUAGAUGUAAGAGGGUCAUAAUGUUCUCUGGUAAAUCAGAUGUCUUAUUUGUAGUGUGAUUGAGGGAGGUGGAAAGAGCAGGAGGAAGCCAGUGAAGAGAACACUGGACUGCUGGGUCAUUGACAUUGACUCGUGUUCCUGUCUCCCAUCUUGGGUGUGGGUUCCUAUAUGUGGUUACGGAUCCUUCAGUUUGAGGGAGGUGAGUGGAGAGAUAGGAUGCCCGCAGGUGGGAGGCUGAUGUCAGUCCUCCCAGCAAAGCCAUCUCAUUUAUCUGAAUGGAAGCGAGAAAUAAGUAUGUACUCAACAAGUAAAAUUUCCCAGAUAUGUGAUCGAGAUUCUCAAAAAAGUAGGCUCAGAUCCUUGGCUGUCUGUUUAACCAAUCAAGAUAUGGGAUUUGAGAAAUAAAAUUUUGGUACUUUUAAGAGAAAUGAAAGCUACUAGAUCAGGGCAAAUAAAAAGCUUAGAUAACUUUUUAUUGUCCAGAUCCUCUACUGUAAUAGAUUAAUUAUGUUCAAUAAAUUUCUAGACAAAA